GCCGCCAUUGCUGAUGGCAGCACAGGAAGGACACCUGGAGGUGCUCCGGCAGUUGCUGGACGCUCAGGCAGAUCCGGACCGCGGCGACCCGGCGGCGGACGGCGAGACGCCGCUGACGACGGUGCUGAGCGAAGGCCCGGAAGGACCGCGCCUGCAGCUGCUGCGAAGGCUGGUGGAGGCCAUGGCCGACCCACACCAGGCCCGCCCUGACGGGAAGACGCCCCUGGCGUUGCUCAUGGAGGAGCCACUGCGUUCCUCGAAGGACGCCGAGGCGUUGCGGAGCUGCUUGGAGACCUCGAAGCGGCGGAAACGAUGAUGCUUAGCUGUGCUAACAUGGUGGUGCCCCCCGAGAUAUAGCUAAGCUUGGUUUGUGG